AUGGCCGCAACCACGUCCACAAAUAAUCCAGCAGUGUCCAAUGCCAACAAUCGGCUCUCGGCCACCGCCGGACCCCAACCCUCAGCCAAUGAUCUUAUGGACCUUUUGUCCAGUAUGGACCAGCUCUUGGCCGAAAGUUGUCCGGAAGAUGGCGGAUUCGAAUCCGCGUGCGGUAGCCCGUCUCAGCCCGUAGAUCUGUCCACGUUGGACUGCAUCUCCUUGGACUUUCCGCUGAACUCGACUUGUGGCAUUGGCUAUCAUGAAGGAGGCGAGGGAGGCGAGGGAGGUGAGCCCCCUUCAGCAGACAAUACACCCUCGUUUAGUGCUUUAAUCUCUGUGUCCUCGGGAUUAGAUCAUAAUCACGAGCUGGACCUGCUCACCUCCCAAGGGAGCAAGGCCCACGUGGGGGAUAAUCUAGACUCUUCCAAGCGGAUGAAAUGUAGUUUUAGUGCUCGAGAACAAGCCUUCGUCAAAGAGGGUAUCCCAUGGGAAGUGAAUGGUGUAGUCAGCAGCCAAAGUAGGAGCAGUAGUGGCGGUGGAGGUGGCAGCAACAAUAACCACGUGUCCCCCAUGACAAGUGCCUACAACAAACAGACCAUGGAUUCUUUGAAAAAGAGCGUAUGUAGUGGUGGGAGCUACGGUGAGGACUUUAUCAAGCAGGAGUAUCAGAAUGACGAUCGAGAGCACACGUUUAACAUGUCGGAGCCUUCAAUAGUGGGGCAUCCUCACCGCAAGGAGGAUCCAGCCGUCCCAUCAGUGUUAGUCAUGGGAACAACGAAGAAAAUAGGAGAUGGAACUCGAGAGAAUGGGACGCACGAUGGCGUUGUUGUUCACCACCAUCACCAGAGAGGAAAAAGAAAAGGGGAUGAGGACGGAGGCAAAAGGGGCAUAAAUCAGCCCUUGGCCCUGGCUUCGUUGUCCUCCUCCUCUUCCUCCUCCUCCUCCUCCACUACUAGUACUACCACUACCUACAGGAUGUCAAUGAGGAUCUGUGAAAAACGACGGAUUGGAGAAGAUUGGAAUGGAUUAAAAGAUCUUCCACCCAUGGGCACGACAUGCACAGUGGGACCUAUAGGUACUGGCCCUCCUCCACCCGAGAUGACUUCCUUCCCAUCUCCGUCUUGCUCAGUGGGGAGUUCGUCCAUGGAGGAUCAGAGCUAUCACUUCCUCCCGAACAACAAUAUUUACAAGAUGAUUCAGGGACUGAACCCGGUGUUCCCAGCCGAGCCGCGGGAUCUCCAAGCGGGCCAUUGGUUUCGCUGCCAGCUGUGCCACACCAUUCAAGAGACUCAACGACUCUACAGCCACGCCAAGGAGGUUCAUAAUUUGGCCAACAUGGCCAACGCCACAACUCAAUGCAUAUCCCCUUUCCGACCCUCAUUUUCAGGAGCGAGUCCAAACGCCACCCAUGGGUCCAACUGUCAACGAAUGACAUCACCUGGACCCAUUUCAUUAGGCGAAUGGUCAAACCAUCAUUCUCAACUCCAUCACUCGCGCCAGACGACAACGACCAAUGAUCCCGGUGAUGCCAACCCUCUCCCGACUAGUCGUCCCCCAGCAAAUGAGAUCAUAUCCAAUCAAGACCUGCCAGAUUUUGAGCCUGACCUGGACGCCGUUGUUGACGACAAAUUUAUUGACUCUCUCAUUCGUACCACCAUUCCCCCAUCCGGGGGAGCCAAUCCACCUUCCAAUCAACAUCAACAUUCUAUGGCUCUCAUCAACCCACCACAAUCAGCCAGUUCAGGGCCAGGAGGAGGAGCAGCAGCAGGAGCAGCAGCAGGCGGAGGCCUACAAUCCUCUAUGGCAGUGCCUCAAGCUGCUGGACCGACUUUAAUGAAAUUGGAAGUUGUUUCCUCAAGUGGGACACCAACUUCGUCGUCAUUGUGCCCUUCCCUGCCCAACAAUCUCCUCCAGGGUUCCUCUUCAUCCUCCUUGUCCACGACGCACAACUCCAAUCCCAGUACGACUACCACUAUUUCUUCUUCCUCGUCCUCGGUAAAUACAAAUAUCGAAAAGAAAUUAAAUCGAGAAGCAAAAAAGUCAUCCCCUCAAUUCCGGUGGCGCCGGAGGAAGAGGCGCUCUAAAGCCCAAUACCCAGAGAUGAGCCGCUACCUUUUACCCAUUGACGAAGGUGAGGAGGUCCAACAUUUGGGCCGCACUCUGGAGUGCCAACUGUGCGGCCUCCGAGGCAAGCGGUGCCACCUCACCCUUCAUUUCAAGGCCAAGCAUAGCGAAGUUAUUGAGUUAGCCGGGGGACACCUUCACAAGAUGAAGAAGCCGACCAGCAAACCAACCAACAAUGGCAACGUGGUUUCCACCUCCUCCAAAGAUGGACUAGGAAAGUACUGA